AUGUUGCAAAUUAGGCCCCGUAAUCAUUUUUGGUACCGUAUUGGGAAUGGUCACUCUGUUUCCGCCUGGUUUGAUAACUGGUGUGAAAAAAGUCCUAUUUCAAACUCAUUAUCUGCUCGUGUUAUCUCUAAUGCAAGUUUUCUUCUGUCAGCUUCGGUCUCGGAUCAUAUUCGUGACAAUAUGUGGAGCUGGCCUUUGGAGUGGAGUAAUAUACUACCACCUAUUGAAGUUCCCGCUUUGCAACCUGAUCAACCCGAUUCAUUAUUCUGGAAGGAUAAGUCUGGUUCUCUACAACCGUUCUCGGUCUCACAGUUUGGUUUAAACAAUGCAUUCCAAAGCAUGCAUUUCAUUUAUGAUUCGCAUAGUCAUUAUGUUCCUUGUUUAGUUGAAAGUAAAGAAGAUAAAUCGAUUUGGAAGGAUAGAAAUAGGCGAUCUACUGAUUUUUCUGUGGAAAAUUGUUGGGAAGCUAUCCGCCAUAGGAGUAUGGCAGUCCCAUGGUUUCAUGUUGUUUGGUUUCCUUAUUGCAUUCCGAGGCAUGCUUUUCAUUUGUGGCUUGGUGUUCGGCGUAAGCUUAAGACACAAGAUUUGAUGAAAUCAUGGGAUAUCAGUUUGAAGAGAAGUUGUGGAUUCAAGGGUAUUCAACAGAUUCAUGUUGAUUGGGAGUCUAUUAUUUCAGCUAUUAUUCCACAGUCCAAGAAGAGGACAAUUGAUAUUAUUGUCAUCAAAUUGCUACUUGUGGCCACUUCUUAUUUUAUUUGGUAG